AUGGACGUCAUAUCAGACAUUAUUAAGGCGUUUAGAAGGCCUGCUGAUGUACCCGCCCAUAUUAGGAAACUGCAACAACUUCUGCCUCUUUUAGCAGUCCAAGACAGCAUGUUGAAACAGAGAAUAAAGAGUUAUACAUCGUCAUCAAUCUCCAGCCAAGGGGUUGUGGAAAUACGAAAACUCAAAAAAAAUCGGGGAAAGUAUGCGCGUUUGAAGCGUAAGCUCACAUUACUUCAACGACAAUACAAAGGUCACCCACUGAAGCAAGCAAAACGUGUUCUUUAUUACAUCAAAAUAUUGGAAAAGGUGGUGCACGCAACAGAUAUCAGAAUGACAGAAAUGCAUCGACAAAUACAGGGUGGACACUAUAACCAAUCGAAUGACUCAGUUAUGGAGGAAUGUGCAGAUGUCUCACAUGUAAUGCAUCUACAGACAAGUAGUAGCAGACAAGCCAGUGAGAACAGUACAGCUGGAUACAAGACAAGAUUGAAUUUGGGCCCUCCAACCUACACCUGUCAAUAUUGUCAGGCAAUUCUGUGGUAUGAGGAACGGACAGACAAAGGUAAAAAUACACGACAACCUAAAUUUACACUUUGCUGUAUGGAAGGACGAAUUCGUGUACCAUUACUGACUCAAUCACCACCGUACCUCAAAUAUCUAUUGGGCAAUGAAUUCGGAAAAGUGGGGAUGAACUUUAGGAAAAAUAUCAGGGUAUAUAACUCCAUGUUUGCAUUUACAUCAAUGGGAGGUCGAGUUGACAGAUCAAUCAAUCGUUCUAAGGGUCCUUAUGUAUUCAGAAUAAGUGGGCAAAAUUAUCAUCACAUAGGCUCACUAUUACCAGAAAUUGGAAAAAGUCCACAAUUUGCACAACUCUAUAUAUAUGACACGGAUAAUGAGAUAGAGAAUAGAAUAAAAAGUCUGAUGCAUGAAGAAGUUGAAACAGAAAUCGUACAAGAAAUAUCUGAAAUGCUAGACGAGCAUAAUGUUUUGGUUAAAUCAUUUCGUAUGGCAAGGGAUAGAUACAUAGAACAACCACAAGCAGAGUUCCAUAUGAGCAUCCUAUCUGAAAGGACCCAAGAUGGCCGACAAUACAACAGACCAACGGCUUCUGAAGUUGCUGGAUUAAUCGUAGGAGACCUUACAGAUGCUAACUUUCAGCGAGAUGUCAUUGUGGAUCACCGCAAGAACGGACUGCAAAGGAUCACAGAUUUACACCCAUGUUUCAUGUCAAUGAAUUACCCAUUAAUACAUCCCUAUGGGGAAGAUGGAUAUAGGCUUGGAAUACCUUUAGAUUCUGCAAGUCAAAAAACAUACACUCGGACAAACUUGACAAUGAGACAAUUUUAUGGAUACCGCAUACAACAACGCCUCAAUGAGGGACACACUCUCCUCCAAGCUGGCAGGCUAUUUCAGCAGUACAUUGUGGAUGGUUACAUGGCAAUUGAAGAAGAAAGAUUUAGGUACAUCCGGAAAAAUCAACAGAAAUUAAGGUCUGAUCUUUAUGGUGGCUUAAUGGAUGCUAUUGUACGUGGAGAUUCAGAUUGCUCAAUGGUGGGAAAAACUAUUAUACUACCUUCCUCCUACACUAGGGGACCUCGCUACAGGGCACAAAAUUAUCAAGAUGCAAUGGCUAUAUGUCGGUGGGCUGGAUACCCAGAUUUGUUCCUAACUUUUACUUGCAACCCAAAGUGGCCGGAAAUAAAUGCAAUGACGAGACUAAUAAACCAAGAUCCUAAUAGUUGCCGGGUGGACAUUAUAUGCCGAGUCUUCCAGAUCAAGUUGUUGCAGCUAAUGCAAAUUCUUAAAAAGGAUAAGCCUUUCGGGACAAUAAUUGCGUGUAUUGAAGUCAAGAAAAAUGGUGCCAGCUUAGACAACCGAUAUGUUGUCCCAUAUAACAGGGACUUGCUUGUCCAGUUUGAUGCACAUAUAAAUGUUGAAGUAUGCAAUUAUACGCGGUCGGUCAAGUACCUAUUCAAGUAUGUUCAUAAAGGGUCUGAUAGAGCCACAGCAAUAAUAGAAUCAACCGGUACACCAACAGAAAACGAUGAGAUAAAAAAAUACCUAGAUUGCAGAUACAUAUCGGCCACAGAAGCUUGCUGGAGGAUCUAUUCAUUUGAUAUACAUCAUAGGCAACCGGCUGUUGAGCGCUUACCAUUUCAUUUACAUGGGCAAAACACAAUAAUAUUUGAAGAAUCAAGGACAGCUGAAAGCGUACUAAGCAGACCCGAUUUAGAAAAAACAAAAUUUACAGAAUGGUUUGAGGCAAACAAAGAACACCCUGAUGCAAGAGAGCUGACAUAUUCCAAUUUUCCAACGCGUUGGGUUUGGAAUGGAAGAGACAAAAAGUGGACCAGGAGGAAGAAGGGGCACGCAGUUGGCAGAAUUUACUUUGCACAUCCAGGAAGUGGAGAACGUUUUUACAUGCGUAUGCUGCUAAAUUUUGUCAAAGGGUGUACUUCCUUCGAAGGCAUCAGAAAAAUCAAUAGAGUGUCAGAUACACGUAAGCUAUGGGAGAAUAACUACGGAAUAUUAUCUGAAGAUAUCACGCAUAUCCAGCGAAAGAGAUUACAAUUCAAUGAUUUGCAGCUAAACACAAAGCAGAUUGAAGCGUACACACUAUUUGAGAUUGAAAGCAUCCUUCUAACUAUGGGGAGAAGUUUGAAAGAUAUAGAAGGAAUGCCCCUUCCAGAUUCAGCAUUAAUGCGAAAUGUAGGGAAUCGCCUAAUCAAUGAAGAGCUAGACUACGACAAAGACAAGCUCCAAAUACUCCAUGAUCAAUCACUCGCUUUGUUAAAUACAUGUCAACGCCCGGCAUAUGAGGCAAUAAUAACAUCAGUGGAUAACGAAGAAGGGAAAUUAUUUUUUAUACACGGCCAUGGUGGUACGGGUAAGACAUUUCUGUGGAAUACUAUUAUUUCAAAGAUCAUAUCACAAUCAAAAAUCGUUCUCCCCGUCGCUACUUCAGGUAUAGCAACUUUAUUAUUACCAAAUGGUAGGACUGCUCAUUCGCGAUUUCAUAUUCCUCUAGACAUCACGCCAGAGUCAACAUGUGAAAUCAAACAAGGCAGUCAAUUAGCGGAACUACUUAAAAAGACCGCUUUGAUAAUCUGGGAUGAGGCACCAAUGGCAAACAAAUUGUGCUUUGAGGCAUUGGACAGAACCUUGAGGGAUAUUCUCCGAGAUAUAUAUGAAAAUAGUGCCAUGAAACCUUUUGGGGGCAUAACUUUCGUAUGUGGUGGUGAUUUCCGCCAAAUACUCCCGGUUAUUCCAAAGGGAACAAGAGGUGAUAUUGUGGAUGCAGCGCUGAACUGCUCACAGUUGUGGCCCUACUUCUCAAUUUAUGAAUUGACGGAAAACAUGAGACUUAGCUGUGGAAAAGUCAAGGGUUCUGAAGCACGGAAAAUAGCAAGUUUUGAUAAAUGGCUUUUGCAGAUUAGAGAUGGAUCCGUUUAUGCAGAUAAUAAGAAGGACCUCAUUCAUAUGCCCGCUGAUGUAUACAUUCUAACAUCGCACAAUCAGAUAGAAUCCAUUGUAGAGGCAGUAUAUCUGUCCCUGCUACAGAACUAUAACGACCCAUCCUACUUGAAAGAAAGAGCCAUACUCACACCAAAAAAUGAAAUGGUCCAUGAACUGAAUGAGAAAAUUCUGAAGCUGAUACCUGGGGAAGGAAGAACUUACUAUAGCUCGGACAAUGUGUGCAAAGCAAGCGUGAAUACUAAUAAGGAGGAUAUAUUGUACCCAACAGAAUUCCUAAACAACUUGCGAUUCCCAGGUAUCCCAAACCAUGACAUUCACUUGAAAGUAGGAAGUCUGAUUAUGCUGCUUAGAAAUCUAAAUCAAACUGAAGGCCUAUGCAAUGGUACAAGAUUAAUAAUAACGCAUCUGGGUAUUUGGUCUGUUACUGCAAACAUAAUCUCUGGAAAGAACAUCGGUUCAAGAGUCACAAUACCAUGA